UUUACGUGAUUUGGAAUCUCAACUUUUCUCGUCGGAUCAGCAGCUGAAGUGCAAAAUGGGGCUAUCAUUUGCGAAGCUUUUCAGCAGACUAUUUGCGAAGAAGGAGAUGCGCAUCCUUAUGGUUGGUCUUGAUGCUGCUGGUAAGACUACCAUUCUUUACAAGCUCAAGCUUGGUGAGAUCGUUACCACCAUCCCCACCAUUGGGUUUAAUGUGGAAACAGUUGAAUACAAAAACAUCAGCUUCACUGUCUGGGAUGUCGGGGGUCAAGACAAGAUCCGUCCCUUGUGGAGGCACUACUUCCAGAACACUCAAGGUCUGAUCUUCGUGGUUGAUAGCAACGACAGAGACCGUGUUGUUGAAGCAAGAGAUGAACUUCACAGGAUGUUAAACGAGGAUGAGCUUCGUGAUGCAGUCCUUCUUGUGUUUGCUAACAAGCAGGAUCUUCCAAAUGCGAUGAACGCUGCUGAGAUAACCGAUAAGCUUGGACUCCACUCUCUCAGGCAGCGUCAUUGGUACAUCCAGAGCACGUGCGCCACCACCGGUGAGGGACUGUACGAAGGUCUGGACUGGCUCUCCAACAACAUUGCUAACAAAGCUUGAGCUUUUUGAGACGAAAGCUUUGACCUCUGGGAGAAAGCAUUAUCUCUGCUUCUUGUUCAAAACCUUUUUUCUCUUUUUGUUGAGUUUAGUGAUGAUGGAGUCGUAUAUGUUGCCAGUUAAAAAUGAUUUAUUUUGGGAUUGUGAUAUUAAGAUUCUUGUUUUUAACAACAGAUAUUACAAAACGUUGGUGAUGAAUUUAUUGAUCUUUUAUUAUUUUGAGACAA